CUGGCAGCGGGAGCUGACGGAGGCUCAGAGCAGCGGCCGAGCAAGGUGUCUGGUAUUCAUAAGGAAGGAAGCGAGAAGAAUAAGAAGAAUGGCUGCGAAAUUUUACGACCUCACGGCCAAGCUGUUAACGGGGGAAGCGUUUAACUUCUCCUCCCUUCAGGGCAAAGUGGUCCUCAUCGAGAACGUGGCGUCUCUCUGAGGGACGACCAGCAGGGAUUACACCCAGAUGAACGAGCUCCACGAGCGCUACGCCGCCAAGGGGCUCGUGAUCCUGGGAGUGCCCUGCAACCAGUUCGGCCACCAGGAGAACUGCAAGAAUGAAGAAAUCCUUCUGUCUCUGAAGUACGUCCGUCCCGGAAACGGCUUCGAGCCAAAGUUCCAGCUCCUUGAGAAGGUGGAUGUGAACGGAAAGGAUGCCCAUCCCUUGUUUGUGUUCCUGAGGGAGAAGCUGCCGUUCCCCAGCGACGAGCCCGCGGCCCUGAUGACUGACCCCAAGCUGAUCAUGUGGAGCCCCGUCUGCAGGAACGACGUGGCCUGGAACUUUGAGAAGUUCCUCAUCGGGCCGGACGGAGUUCCCUUCAAGCGUUACAGCAGGAGGUUCCUCACCAGUGACAUCGAUGGCGACAUCAAGAAGCUCCUCAGUCAGGCGAAAUAAAUAAUCCAACAAAAAAAAAAAAGUUAACCCAUCCAACAGCUACUACUUGCACAAGCCUUUGAGCUCAAGUUCUCACUGUUCCUUCCAUAGCUUCUGUAGAUGGUGUCUGACACUUUACCCAUGCCGCCUGUGCUCUCUUGUACAUGAUGACUACUGUUGUGUUCUUUCACUAAAUGAAGACAUCCUCUGAAACCACGUUGUGUGGAGGGUAUCUGAUGAAACGUAAAAGGCAGAACGUUUGUAGCUGCAUUGGGUGCAUGUAAAGCACAACCGCUGCGUGAUGUAUGACCAAUAAAUGUAUUUUUUUUCACGA